AGUGAAUUGAGGGUCCCUAGAGAACGCUUGUUUUAUAACAAAGUACAGUACCUCAUUUCGGUGGUUAACAUUUAAGCUGACAGAGAUCUCCAUUUUAUCGCUGUUGACGCGGUGAAUUCCAACGUUUUAAUUCCCCUGAUUUAUUAUUACACACCUGUCAUCAUCAAUAAUACCCAUUCCUUUCAUAUUCUCAAGUAAUAGAGUCUUCUAAAUCAAAGCUCCAUUCAUUUACACAUUUAUCAUUAUAAUGAAGCUAAAGUUUAUAACAUCUGUGCUACUGGCCAUCAUACGGGUUUCACAUUCCCAAUCUGUACCAGACAAAGAUCAUGAUAUCAAAGAUUAUUUUGCUAUAGAGAUACCAAACACGAUUAGCAUAGAUAAUAUACUUGACAAAUUCCCAACCUGGUCAUAUGAACAUCCAGCUAGAGGAAAUCCUGAUCAUCAUGUGUUUUCUAUAUCGAAAACCUCAAAUGAUGUUAUAUUUGACGUGAAUAAUGAUCAAGAAAUUAAACAACACAACUUACAGAAAAGACAAGUAUUAGAAGCACCAGUUCCAAUUGGUGCUGUACCUGUGCCACCUUACGAUUCAUCACUGGAACCUAUUUAUGAAGCUAGAGACCAUUUUGGCAUUGAAGAUCCUUUAUUCUCAAAACAAUGGCAUUUAAUAAAUCCAAGCUUCCCAGGGAAUGAUAUAAAUGUCACUGGAGUUUGGGCUCAAAAUAUAACAGGUGAAGGUGUCACUGCAGCUAUUGUUGAUGAUGGGUUAGAUUUCGAAAGUACAGAUUUAAAUGAAAAUUUCUGUGCUAAAGGUUCUUAUGAUUUCAAUAACAAUAACCCAUUCCCAAAGCCAAGACUGUUGGAUGAUUACCACGGAACAAGAUGUGCUGGUGAAAUUGCAGCAGUGAGGAAUGAUGUUUGUGGUGUUGGUGUUGCUUACGAUUCAAAAGUUUCAGGUAUUAGAAUCUUAUCUGGUGAAAUCACAUCUGAAGCUGAAGCUGCUUCUUUAGUUUAUGGAUUAGAUGUUAAUGAUAUUUAUUCUUGUUCAUGGGGUCCACCAGAUGAUGGAAGAGCUAUGCAAGCACCGGAUUCAAUGGUUAAGAAUGCUUUAGUUAGAGGUAUCAAAGAAGGAAGAGAUGGUAAAGGUGCUGUCUAUGUCUUUGCAAGUGGUAACGGUGGAUUACACGGUGAUAAUUGUAAUUAUGAUGGUUAUACAAACAGUAUUUAUUCCAUCACUGUUGGUGCUAUUGAUCAUAAAGGUUUACAUCCACCAUAUUCUGAAGCUUGUUCUGCUGUUUUAGUUGUCACUUAUACUUCAGGUUCUGGUGAACACAUUCAUACAACUGAUAUACAUGACAAAUGUGCUAAUACUCAUGGUGGUACUUCAGCUGCUGCACCAAUUGCCGUUGGUGUUUAUGCUUUGGUUCUUGAAGCUAAUCCUAAUUUGACCUGGAGAGAUGUUCAGUACCUGACUAUUCACAGUUCUGUUGUUGUUAAUGAAAAAGAUGGUGAAUGGCAAGACGCCGCAUUGGGUAGAUACUCUCAUCGUUAUGGUUAUGGUAAAUUAGAUGCUGGUAAAGUUGUUGAUUUAGCUAAAACUUGGAAAAAUGUUAACGAUCAAAUUAAUGUCACUACUGAUGUUGUCCAACCAAACAAAAAUGUUGAAUUUGACCAAACCGUGGAACAUGAAUUUGAAAUCAAAAGUGAAUUAUUGAAAGAUUUUCAAAAUUUGGAACAUAUUAUUUUGAAUUUGAAUAUGGAUACCACUAUCAGAGGUCAAGUUUCUGUUGAUUUAGUUUCUCCAAGUAAUGUUGUUUCACAUUUGGGUGUUGUCAGAAGAUUAGAUAGAUCAAAUGAAGGGUUCCAGGACUGGAAAUUCAUGUCCGUUGCUCAUUGGGGUGAUACAAAUCACAAUGGUGUCUGGAAAUUAAGAGUCAAAAAUCAUGAUCAGGAAAACAAGGUCAAUUUGAAAAACUUUAAUGUUCAAUUUUUCGGCCAAAAAAGAGAUGUUACUGAUGAAAAUAAUGAGGCCAGUGUUUCUUCAUCCAGCUUAUCAUCAAGCUCUUCUUUAAUUUUAUCAAGCUCCUCACUCAGCUCAUCAAUUUCUUCAUCUUCAUUACCAUCAACUUCUUCCUCAGAGCCACAACCAACUUCCACCGAUAACAAACAGAACAACAACGAAAACAAUAACGGUCAAUAUAGACAUGAACCAACCCAUUAUGCUGAAUACUUUUUCAUUUUGAUUGUAAUUGGGUUUGUUAUAUUAUUGGUUUAUUACAAGAAAUUUGCAUCAAAGAUUACAAGAAGAAGAGAACAAUAUGAAUUUGAUAUUAUAAAUCCAGAAGAUACCGAUUCAGAUUCAGAUUUCAAUUUGGAUAAUAGAUUAAGUGAUGAUGAUGUUGAAGCUAAUGCAAAUUCAAGAUUGAAUCAAAGUUUUCCAAAUGAACAUUUACGCAGAGAUGACAGUUUUGAAAUAGAAUCAGAAGAUGAAAUCACAAAAACUGAUGAUUCAAAAAAAGAUGAUUCCAAAAACGAUGAUUCAAAGAAAGAUGAUGACACAAAGAAAUAG